AUGGGCCUAAUGAAAGUGGACAGUUUGCUGAUGGAGGACUGGUUCGGUUCGGGACAAAGCAACCAUACAGCUCAAGAUAGACAAUCCAAUGUCGCCCCAAGGCAAGGUGGAGGCAGACGUAGUGUGCCGCAGAUCUUGAAUGACUUUGAGGUUUUAUCGCGGGAUUUGCCAAUUCUCAGACGCGCUUGGGUUCGGAAGCAAGAUAUUAUAGCGUCAUUGCAAGAGCAGCUCCGCCAGUCGGAGCAGCGCAAUCAGCAUUUAGAAGAACAGCUCCAAGAUUGCCAGGCACGGAUUCUUAAAUUCUCCCCUGUCAGUUGCUUGAGCGACACGACAGUUUCGGAAGAGUUUAUUAAGAUUCGAGAAAACCUCUGUAAGUGGGCUGAAGAGCUUCCUGAUAUUUGCGGCGACUUCAAGAUGGAAUUGCUAGUGGCCUUGGAUGAUUUCGAAUCACAUCCAUUGAUCUUGGGAUGGCCAGAUAGCUACUAUCCGCAACGAUGUAUUGCUUUGCAGUCUGAGAUUCUGAUGCACUUGGUCUUCCGUCACCUCUGGAGAGGAAUUUUUGAGGUCCCGAUCCCCGGCUUAUCAUCAUCGGGUGAGAAGUUGUUGGCAGAUCUCCAGGAAGGGAUGCUAUCAUUACAGCCAAAAAAGGAUACCGAAAGCAUUGGUGCUUGGAGAUCAGACACCAUGAGGGCUUAUGCUGCCUGCCAAAAGUAUCAACAGGGUGUCAACAGCGAAUGCUCGAGAGUGAUUGCUAAUUUGCUCGGCUUCUUCAGUUGGUUCGGCUUUGAAAAUCAGGUUAAUUGGAGCAAUAAAUUGUCGAGGUUUUCCGAGGAAAUCUUGGGUCCAGCCACAAGUCUUGCAACUAACAUGAGCAGCUCACCUAGGCAAUACAGGUGGGAAUGGUAUGGAGAGGCAUUCUUUCCCCGAGGAGUUGUGCGCAAGCGUCAUCUGAAACAGUUCAUAGUUCAGGAUGCCCGCACUCAUCAUAGAGUUUCGAUUGCAAACCUCAAGUUCCUGUCCGAUGAGACCCCAGUGGGCGAACUCCUUAUAAUCAUCUUUCCUGCUUUGUUUCGUUACGGGGGCGGCGGAUCAGAGGAGUUUCUGAUAGAGAAAGGUGUUAUCCUUAUUAGUGUGAAUGAUAAUUUGCAGGGAGGAAAGGUAGUGUAA